UGUAGUGUUUUUUGCGUUUUUUGUCACAUUCCAAGUACACUCUAUUUAUCUAAUAGAAAGACUGAAGAAAGGUAUAGGCAAUCUAUUAGAACUUUUUAUCUCCAUGAUUGGAACUAUAGACCGAUUUGAUAUUAUACUUCUUUACGAAAUUCCUAUUUAUCAAAGGGAAAAUGCUGUUGUGACAUCUGAAAUUUGCUAGUCAUUGUCAAGUAAAUCUGUCAUAAAAAAACCAUUAAAUUUCAUUUUAAAGAUAUAUUUAAAAGCAAAUUGUAUUUACCGACUACGUAAUCAAAGAUGUCAGGAACUGCAAGACAUGACCCAGAGGCGUACAAAAAUCCUGGAUUUUGGUGUAAAACCACCUUCAUCCAGCUCGGAUAUGGCAUUUGGGUCAAUCUGUCUGCGAUGGGGAUCGGACUGGCAUUCGGGUUCCCUGCUGUGAUGGUACCACAGCUUUUUCGGCCCGACUCGGAUAUUCAUCCUUCCCUGAUAGAAGAAUCUUGGAUCGCCAGUGUACUAUCUCUGUCAGCGCCAUUCGGAUGCCUCAUCAGUGGAUUACUCUCUGACAGAUUCGGGCGAAGCAAACUCCUGUUUCUAAGCGAAGGGCCUAUGAGUGUCGGUUGGCUGUACACCGGAUUUGCAAAAACUCCAGUAGAUAUUGUGAUCGGGCGUUUGAUAACCGGUAUAGGCUGUGGCAUGGCUAUGAGCUGUCCAAGGAUCUACCUCACUGAGAUGUCGUUGCCGAACAUGCGAGCCGUCACGGGAGCGUUUCCUACCCUCGGGGUAUCCUGUGGCAUCACAAUUGAGGCCGGCCUAGGCGCAUAUUUCCACUGGACAAUAUUGUGCUACAUCGGAGGGAUCUUUUCGAUCAUACUUUUGCUUACAAAUUAUUUUUUGCCCGAAUCUCCGUACUACACGCUCCUCAAAGACUCAGAAGAGAAUGCAAGGAAAACCCUGAUGAAAUUUAGAUCUAAAAAACACGACAUAGACUCUGAAAUGGCAGACAUGCUGCGAUUUAAACGGAGUCAUAAGCUUUACAAGUUAUCAUUGUUAGAAAUGAUGAAGUCUGUGGUCAAACCGUAUGCAUAUAGGCCGUUUUUUAUGGUGCUCGGUUACUUCGCCUUGACUCAGUUUAGCGGCAUAUACGUAGUUGUGAUGUGGGCUGUUGUGAUGCUACAGCAAUCGAAAUCGACUGUUGAGGCGAAUUUUGGUAACGUUCUACUGGGUGUUACCAGAGUUGUGGCCGGGGUUGUGGUUGCAGUAAUACUUUUUAAGGCCAAGAGAAGGCCUAUGGCUUUAAUAUCAGCUGCAGGAGAAGGCAUAGUUUGCAUCAGUAUCGGUCUGUAUAUACACUGGAGUCCAGGCCCCACCCUGUUCCCACAACUUUGCUACAUGAGUUACAUUGUCUUGGCGACUAUAGGGUACGGGACUCUGCCCUUCAUGCUAAUGGGGGAAGCGUAUCCAUUACAGAUUCGUGGCAUGCUUGUGGGCGUGUCCCUGUCUGUAUUCAACCUGUUUAUGUUUUUUACGAACUUCAUAUUUGUAUAUGAAACAAAAUAUCUGGGCUUCGCAAACACAAUGAUUAUGUUUGGAAUCGUUUCGUUAGUUUCAUUCGUAAUCCUGUAUAUUUUCCUACUGGAAACUAAAGAGUUAACGCUUGUUCAAAUAGAGGAAUACUUCAGGCAGGAACAUCCAGUGUUACCGUUCCGUAUGAAGCCAGAGAUGUUGGUUGGUACGACGGGUAAGGAAGCAGAAACGAAAUAAAUAUUAAUGAAAGAAGUCACGGCUGAUGAUAAAGCAAUAUACAAAUUUAAACGGAUUGAUUAGUAGAACAUUAUUUUGUUUCUUUGUAAUGGGGCCGUGCAUGUUACAACAUGUCUUAUUGCAAAAUCCUUCGGAAUUUUAUUUUGACGUGAUUGGCCCGCUUUAUAUGUCAAAGCAAUUUUCACGUAUUAUUUUUAUCUUUUACGCUGUGUACUAUUUAGUGUUUUUUAAGUAUUUUGAUUUUGAUGUUAUGUGUGUUUGCACAUGUUUUGUAAGUUUAGUAGGUUUUUGUAGAGGUAUUAUUAAAACUAAUAUUUUCUGUAAUUUAGUUUAAUAAUAAAUAAUUAAUACAU